ACACCAGUCACACUUUCGCAAUUUCUUAAUACCGAGAUGGAAAUUCGAAUUUAUGUUAAUGUACUUGAAUUAUUUAUAUUCUUUGUAACAAAUGGAUAUUGUGUGUAUCAAAGUGAUGUACGCAGUACAUCGACGGUUUCUGUUCGGUUGGUUACAUUGACAACUGCUUCUAUUCGGCAGAGUACAUCUCCGAAGCCAUCUACUAUUUUCAGACGGAUCAAUAUCGAUCGUAGUAUUUAUUAUAAUCGGUCAACAGAUAUGGAAUUGCUUCAGUUAGGAGAUACUAGACGCCGCAACUCGAGAAGGCGAUCACAAAAUUCAGAAAUUUGGAACUGGGAAAAAUGGUGCCUCUUGCAGAAGCAGAAAGGCAAAUGUGACGAGAAGCUGAAGAGGUAUUACUAUGAUGUGCGUCUAGGUGUAUGUUUAUCUUUUGACUACAGUGGUUGCAAUCAAAACAAAAACAAUUUCGAAUCUAAACAAAAAUGUGAACGCUUCUGUAAAGGUAUUAGGCAUUCGACUAAUCUAGAAAUGGAUCGAGAACUAAAGUGCACUUUGCAGCCAGAUAUUGGAAAAUGUUUAGGUUUUCAAGAGAGGUAUUACUAUGAUUUAAAUAAAGAUUACUGUCGAAAAUUCAUCUACGGUGGCUGUGGUACUGGAAUCAACAGUUUCAAAACAAAAUACAACUGUAUGAAGACCUGUUCAAAUGAGAGAGUGUAGUAAAGGGCUGCAAUUAUAAAAUAAUAUAGAG